CGCACAGAUGUUGGCUUCAGGCAAGAUUAAAGGCGGCAUAGACUGGGUCGAUCAUGAAACUUUUUCCCUAAGGCGGAAACGUGAAAAGUGAAAAAUUUCUCCAUUAACUUCAAUGUGUCAGGUGUCAGGUGUGUCAGAGGACUGGUGGGGGUGGCAAGUGGAUUACUGACACAGAUUGACGUCACUCUCGUCAGUUGUGGUCAGUUGACAUUAGCUGACGUAAGGACGAGUUGUAUAUGCGUUUCGUUGCAUGCACAGUAAGCACCACCAUGUGGAGGAAGGAUAAUAAAGAUAACGUUCGCAUCACGAGUCUCGGGCGUUCGUGCGGCCAACAUUAGAGAGAUUAGCGUUAGCUCGACCUCCUUUUCGUGAUGACAAUGUAUGUAUCAAGCUAGCAGUCUGAACGAUGAACUCAUGUUGCUCGACGAGUUCACGUAAUUCACAGGUGACGUUAGUAGUUGGGUGAGAUUCACGCCGUCCAAUCCUCGUCGCGCGGGAACAUGAACAAGAACCACGCGAACAAGAGAUUGAACCAGCUGCCGAGCUGGCUGUGGACCAACUCGACCACCCUGCCGCCGGUCUACAAGAUGGUAUGGGAGGCGGUGCGAGAAGAUCGAGUCAGGUCGAACGGCGUACAAGUUGAACACCUUGUCGACACCAACAAGGUGUUCCCGCUGCUGCUCACUAGCCAGCUGCCUACAGAGGUGCUCGGCCACAUAUGGAGCCUGGCCAAUCAAAAGUAUGCCGGACAGCUGACCGAGCAGGAGCUGUACAUUGUGCUAGCCCUUGUGGCAGCCGCCCAGACGUCCUACACUUUCAACAGCCUCGAUAUAUUGCAUUUACUUCCCUUUCCGCCAACACCUUACUUGAAUAUAGAAUGCCUGAUGAAUAUGCAGCCUGUUGCGCAGACGAACGCAUCGAAACCUCAGCAUUACGAGGAAAGUAACAAUAUGAGUGUAGAAGGAAAAUACAUUUCUGACGUUAAGGGAAAAGCUAAAGUUAAAAGCCAAGUAAACAUAGUGCCUGAUGCAAGUAUACCCUUUUCCAGCAGUACGCCUGGAAAACUUUCUAGUUUCGAGGGCAAGAUUCAGGUGCCUGGUGCAACUGGGAGUAGCAGUAAUCUGUUCAAAGAUGUAAGACACAAUCCGCGUGUUCAAGCUGACGUUCCGUCUGUAUCGUCUUUCGACGAGUCCUGUGAUGAGUUUACAGAGUUUCAAAGCGCCCCAAUCCCCAGCAUCUCUGCUUUGCCAAUCUGGGAUAGUAAGCAGGGUUCUGCAAUAGGUAGCAGACUCGCUAAUCACAAUCUAGGAGUAAAGAAAACGGUUGACAGAGUUAAGAAAAUCACUGUUGGAACGAAAACCAUACAUAUUAACUCACAAAUUCGCACACCCUCAAGUUUGCCAUAUCAGAGCAAGGAUCAGCCCAUAAUAGAGGCCACAUCUGACCUGUUUCCUAAAUGUGGAAUAAAGAAUCAAUCCAAAACAGUAAUACUCAAGGACACCGUGAUCAGAAAUAAUGACACGCCUAAAGAUUACAGUGACAGUUUUAAUAAUCUGGCAAGUAUGAUAGAGCCUGUCAGCAGCGAUAAAGAGGUAUUACCUAAAGUGGAAUUAACACCGAAGGCUGUAGAAAUGUCUGAUUCUGUUCAACAAGAUUUAAUGAGUUUACAACAAGUCGAGGAUAAAUACAGCGCAUUGCGUGAACUAGUUCAAGAAGCGCCCGUUACAAACGACGCGAGCUUAGAUUUAACUUUCAAUAAUCAGUCGGCUGAUGAAUUCGGGGAGUUUAUGUCGGCGGAACAAACACCUACUAAUCCGUCGAUAUCAGAUGCUUUGGACAUUGAAAGCUUUAGUAAUAUGUUUGCGGAUUUUGAGUUCAAAACGCACGCUAAUACUGAUAAUAACUUAGCAGAUCUGAACUUUGUAUCUGAGGUGUCUGAGUCAUUUAAUAAUCUAAAACUUGAUGAUGGAAUGGAAGCACAAUUGGUAGAAACAGGAAAGAAUGCUCAGAAAGAGGAUGCUAUUUCAAUAAAUAGUAUAGAGUUGAAUAGUGGUCCAUCCGAAGCACUGCCACGUUCUGGAUCUGUGCCUAGCUUAGAUCUUAAAUCAUUUUUGCCUUCUAAUGUAGAGGAAGAUCAAAUUAUAGAAGCUCCACAGCAAACUGUAUAUUGGGAGUGGAAACAAUAUAUGGAAAGUUGUGUUUUAUUGUUACAAGUUGCAGCCAAUAUAUUUACUAAUAUUACAUCAGAAUUAGUUCUACAAGAAGUUUUAAAUUCAGCCCAGGGAUACAACUUUCUUUGCCAAUUAGCUGAAGUUGCAGCUGUUUGUAGACGUGUUAAUUUUUCAUACAAAGAGUUGGAUAUAAACAUUACGGGAUUUGAUGACCUUUUAAUGGACAUUGAUCGGAUCUGGGCUGAAAUGGAACCUUUUUACGCAAACAUACCAAUUGUCACUGAGCUACCAGCUUGGCCAUUACAUCAGGAAGAAUGUGUGUCUUGUUCCCUGUGCUUAACGGUUAUUACAAGUGGUCGAGUUGUGUAUAACGAUAACAAUUAUCAUGUAACAUGCGCAAAUUUAUGGCUCAAUUGCGUAAACAAUCAAUUGCCGGUGAUGCGAUACUCUUUACUUUGUCAAUCGACUAUGUGUCCGGGAAGUCAUAUUUAAAUGCUAAUUUACACGUGUUGCAAGAUUUCCAAAUUUAAACUAAAAAUAUAUUAUUCAGAUCUUAUUAAUAUAAUGCAUAGGAAUUCAUAUUGAAAAUGAUCUUGAAAAAUGGAAUUCUGAUACAAUUUGCAUUUAAUCUAGUGAAGUCUUACACAUAUGUAUAUAAACAAAACAAACUGCAAAUUCAAUGUUUAUAUAAAUUGUUUAUUAAACUUAUACUUUUUAGAAAUUCUAGCUAAUGAUAAACAUGUGCUAUUACAUUAAAUUGAUCAUGCAAGAAUAUUUGUAUAUAUUUAGCUUAACAAUAAUCGUACAUCGGUUGAUCUACUUAUAAUGCAGUAUUAAGAAAAAUGUAAUAUUUACAUCUUACACAGAGAUCUCUUAAAUAAUUAACGUUGACUCGUGUCGCGUGGCCUAUACACUAUUCCUCUGCUUUUCAUUUCUCUGAUUACGCCAGCUGGCAAUCGUCCUGAUACUGAUAUGGCGUAGACGCCUUUACAAAAACGAUCUGAAAGUAGAAUCUCGAAAUUAAUAUUGGCCAUUAUCGACCGUUAGACUGAGAUACAAUUUUAAUUCUGAAGGAGUUUGCGCAUAGCAUUUUGCUUAAACAAAUCUUUAUGAGCCGAUCUCACCACCUAUGAUUGAUCUUAUUAUUUAAGAAUAUUCAACUGCAAAACUUAAAAUUGAUCGUAUGAUUUUGUUUUUUCAGGUUUCUAGUCAUUUUCAAUAUUUUCAUGUCUCUUUCCUGCAAAUUAUAAUUUAUUUAUGUAGAAUGUAGUACUUUAAAUUAAUAAUUAAUGUUUUAAUUAAAAUAAUUACAAAAUUAGGUCAGAGAUCAGUUUUAAAUUUUGCAGUUGACUAUUGUUAAAUUUAAUCGAUCAAUCAAGCUAAUCGGAGAUGGUGGGACCAGCCUUAUAGUAUAUACGCACAUAAGUAUGUUCCUAGAUACAUACUGGCAUUUGUAAGAAUAAUAUGUCUGUAUAAAUGUAUUAUAUACGUUUAAAAUGAAAAUCUCAAAUAAAUAUAUUUAUUAAAAUA